AUGGCUUCGGAAUCCUUCGCAAGCUCGGAUCCCGCUGUAUAUGCCGAGUAUGAAGCGAAAUGGUCGGCACUGCCCAAGGAUGAGGAGGAGUGGAUUCAGCGAGCGAAAGACGUUGCCGACGCCUUGAAGCCUGACGCUGCUGCCAGAGAAAAAGAGAACAAAUCGCCCAAGGCCGAAGUGGCCCUAUUGAAGCAUUCGGGCUUGCUCAAGGCACUUGGUCCUGCCGAGUAUGGCGGCGGUGGGCAGUCUCGCGCUGUUGGGUACCGACUGGUCCGCGAGGUGGCCAAAGGAGACGGGUCGGUUGGUAUGCUACUUGGAUACCACCUUGUCUGGUCUCAAAUCGCGGAUGUGUUUGGCUCCAAGGAGCAAGCCGAAAGAGUCCAGAAGGAAAUCAUUAGCAACAACUACUUCGUCGGCGGCGCUGUUAACCCACGAGACAAUGAUCUGACUAUCAAACCUGAAGGUGACAAGCUCAUCUUUGACGGAUUUAAGAACUUUAGUACUGGUGGUGUCAUAUCAGACCUAACAGUGCUCGAGGGUGUUGUUGCCGAUACCAGUGACCACAUUUUUGCGGUAGUACCCACGAAUCAAGCCGGAAUACAGUUCAAACAUAACUGGGACAAUGUUGGCCUGCGUUUGACCGAGUCAGGUGGUGUUGAGAUCAAGAACGUGGCUGUUGAAUGGUCCGACGCUCUCGGAUGGGAUCCUCAGACGAAGAAGCCCGAUCCCGCUAUCCUUGGCGUGCCCCUUGCUAGCUUGUUCCUUCCACUCGUUCAACUUACCUUUGCUAACUUCUAUAUUGGCAUUGCCUGGGGCGCCCUUGAAUUUGCGAAGGAGUAUACUCGCAAAUAUACUCGACCCUGGCCAUAUGGUGGCGACAACAAAGACAAAGCCGAGGAUGAAUUCUACAUCUUGCAAACCUAUGGUAACUUCUUCGCGCACCUUCGUGCUGCCACCGCCUUGGCCGAUCGGGCCAACUCCGAGGCCGGCCGCCUCUUCACCAAGUACGUCAACCCUGAGAACCGCGCAAAUUUCACCGCGGAAGAGCGCGGGGAGUUUGCCGAGUGGGUUGCCAGUACCAAGGUAGUAGCCACUGACACCAGCCUCCGGGUCACGGCCGGCGUCUUUGAGGCGACCGGAUCGAGGGCCACGGCCGCCAAGGUUGGCCUGGAUAGGUUUUGGAGAGACGUUAGAACUCAUACUCUACAUGACCCUGUUUCUUACAAGAACCGAGAACAGGGCAGAUAUUACCUGCUUGGGGAGGCUCCCGAGGCUACGUGGUACACUUAG